UUCUCCACGGAGGCUGUGGUGGUUGAGGUGGUGGUGGUGGGGGGUGGCUGGGGGAGACCACUGUGGCAGGGGAGAGGGAGAGGAGAGUCAGGGAGGGAGGGAAGCUGGUGAAGCCGCGGAUAUUCAUGAAGACGCCAAGUGUUUUUUUUUUCCCUUCCUCUCGCCGUGGUGACACACUGCUAGUCUGCGGAGAGACAGAAGGAGUGGGGAAGACAGGAGGGGAAGGAGACAAGUGAAAGCAAGACAAGGCCCAGCCCAUCUUGCCAUUGAUCUUGAGGCGAUCAAGACUCUGGUGUGAAAGUCCUUUUCGUUGAGUGGGUGUGUUCUUGGUGACCCUGGUAAAAGUCGUCUCCACCACUAUCUGUCUGUGCACCAGCUCAAUCAGAAACACUCCGAUAUGCUGAAUCUGUCCUAUCCAAUGGAAUUAGGGGAGUCUACACAGAAGAGGAUACACUGAGUCCGGUGCAAGGAUUGAUCCCAGCAAAUCAAACCUGGAGUUUUAACAUCUGGACUUCUCAGAUGAGCUGAUCAUAUUCAACCACUUUUCCCAGUGCAGAAUUUGGAUCCACGUGAUUGAUUAAAUGAUGGAAAAACUGAUCUGAGACGGGAAAGAUCUGGUGCAAAUUUUCCCACAAUUCCUCUGGAUUUUUGGGGUUUUUAAUUGUUGGGAAAUUGCAUUCAUGUGGGAUCAGGUUUACAACUGGGAAGCAUCAUGUGAACAAUACUCCAGGUUGGAUGAUUGUUUUAGAAAUCUUGGGACAAGGUUUUCUUCAGCAGCGACAUCAUGAACUCUGACUGGGAUAUCCCAAUGGCUUGUUUAGCCAACGGAAGACGACAUGAAGGCAGAUGUAAUUUUUCCUAGAAACUUGUAGCUUACACUAAAAUGGAGUGAGAUUUUUCUUUCUUCCAUCUUUGGCUUGGAAACAAAACAGCCGGUCAAAACAAAGGUCAUUGACCUCACACUGAACCUGGAGCCUCUGAGGAGGCACAUUAAUGCACCAUUACUGUUUUGCGGCAGGAGGACGCUCGGUUUUAGCCGUCUGAGGUGUGGACAGAACGUGAGCGAGGCGGUUGGCUGGCUGAGUCAGCUCCAAUGGGGGCCGGUUGUGACCCGGUCUGACCCCGGUUUGACCUUGCAGUGACCUUUGACCUCUCCGGUCCUGGCUCUCCACCUGCUCUGCUGCCUGGGUUCGGGAACGCUCCGCCCUGGGGCCCAGAACGAGCCAAUCAGAAUGAAGAAGAGCCGCAGCGUGCUGUCGGUGACUGGAGAAGAGGGUAAUGACACAGAUAUAACAGGUGCUGGGGAGAAGGCGGAGUCAUCUCGCUACAGCCGAUCCUAUACGUCUGGAGCCACGCUGGGGGCCGAGCUACGCAGAGGGAGGAGCAGAAGACUCUCGUCUAGUCUCCAGGUGCCCUGCUGGCUCCGUCCUCGGGAUCGCACCCGUUCACCAGAGGUCCUCAGCAACAUGUCACGUCCCACAACUCUUCCUCUCCGAAUCCCACCACGCAUCUCCAUCACGCAAGCAGAUGCUGACAGUUAUGAAGCAGAGAAUGGCGUGUCGCCAGGUCACACCCCCCUGGGCUCGCAGAGUCCGGGCCUCACCCUGCACACCUCCUUCCCCCAGGGCCAGAGAAGAGAGUCCUUCCUCUACCGCUCCGACUCGGACUACGACAUGUCGCCCAAGACGGUCUCACGUAACUCCUCCCUCGCCAGUGAAGGGCACACAGCAGAGGACUUUAUUGUCACACCUUUUGCUCAAGUACUGGCCAGUCUGCGAUCGGUACGGAGCAACUUCACCAUCCUUGCCAACGUCUCCACACCAACAGUCAAGAGGUCUCCUCUGGGUGGAGUGUGCGUCAGUCCUAGGGCGACACUAUCAGACCAGCAGUACCAGCAGCUCGCCCUGGACACAUUGGAGGAACUGGACUGGUGCUUAGACCAGCUGGAGACCAUUCAGACGCACCGCUCUGUCAGCGAAAUGGCCUCCAACAAGUUUAAGAGGAUGCUGAACAGAGAGCUGUCCCACCUGUCGGAGAUGAGUCGCUCCGGUAACCAGGUGUCUGAAUACAUCUCCAGCACCUUCCUGGACAAGCAGAACGAGGUGGAAAUCCCAUCUCCUACCCUGAAAGACAAACCUAUGAGUCACAUCAGCGGAGUGAGGAAACUGUCUCACAGCUCCAGCCUCUCCAGCACCUCGAUGCCUCGCUUCGGUGUCAACACAGACCAGGAGGAUGAGCUUGCCAAGGAGUUGGAGGAUCUGGACAAGUGGAGCUUUAACAUAUUCAGAGUAGCAGAGUUCUCCAACAACAGACCCCUCAGCUGCAUCAUGUAUGCCAUCUUCCAGGAGCGAGAGCUGUUGAAGACGUUUCGUAUCCCGGUCGACACCUUUGUAACUUACGUGAUGACCCUGGAGGACCAUUACCAUGGAAACGUAGCGUAUCACAACAGCCUCCAUGCUGCAGAUGUCACCCAGUCCACGCACGUCCUCCUCUCCACACCUGCUCUUGAUGCCGUCUUCACUGACCUGGAAAUCCUCGCGGCUCUGUUCGCUGCAGCUAUCCAUGAUGUAGACCACCCUGGAGUUUCCAAUCAGUUCCUCAUCAACACCAGUGCGUCCAAACACACACAGUCAGUAAAAUGUGUCUGGAUGUUUGCACAAACUGUCUUCACACACACACACACCCCUCCCUCUGUCUCUUCUCUGUGCUCAGACUCGGAGUUGGCCCUCAUGUAUAACGAUGAGUCAGUUUUGGAGAACCAUCAUCUCGCCGUGGGCUUCAAGCUUCUGCACCAGGAAAACUGUGACAUUUUCCAAAACCUCACCAAGAGACAGCGCCAGAGUCUUCGCAAGCUCGUCAUUGACAUGGUGUUGGCCACAGACAUGUCCAAACACAUGACCCUGCUGGCUGAUCUGAAGACAAUGGUGGAGACCAAGAAGGUGACGAGCUCUGGUGUGCUGCUCCUAGACCACUAUACAGAACGAAUACAGGUACUGAGGAACAUGGUGCACUGUGCAGACCUGAGCAACCCCACCAAGCCGUUACCGUUAUACAGACAGUGGACGGAGAGGAUAAUGGAGGAGUUUUUUCGACAGGGUGACAAAGAGCGAGAGAGGGGGAUGGAGAUCAGCGCCAUGUGUGACAAACACACUGCGUCUGUGGAGAAAAGCCAGGUGGGUUUCAUCGACUACAUCGUACACCCGCUGUGGGAGACGUGGGCCGACCUGGUGCACCCAGACGCCCAGGAGCUGCUGGACACGCUGGAGGAGAACAGGGAGUGGUACCUGAACACCAUGCCCCAGUCUCCCUCACCUCCCCCGGACAGACACCUCCAGCAUGACCGCUUCCAGUUCGAAAUCACCCUGGAGGAUCUGGAGCACAACAACCACAACCACAUGCAUGUGAGGAACAGCAGCGGCAGCAGCGGAGGGAGGAGCGGGAGGAAAGUAAUCUGUGAUGACGGCGACGCAGACAGAACACAGGAUGCCGGGGCAGAGGCCAACGGAGAGGAACAGAACCAUGUAGAAAAUGAGAAAGAGGAAGACGAGCAGAAUCACAACAGCGAACAGAACGGAGUCCAGGAUGAAGAGGAAGAGGAGGAGACUGGAGAAAGGGAGAAAGAAGAAGGAGAGGAGGAGGAAAACACAGGGUUGAAUGAGGAACAUGGAGAGGAGCAAGUAGAAGAAGGAGGAGGGCAGACAGAUGAAACAGAAAAAGAUGAAGAAGAAGUUAAUGACUCAGUGGAGGAGACUAAAGAGGAGGUGGAGGAGAAUGAGCAAAAUCAGGAAGGAGAGCAGGAGCAGGAGGAGGGGGAGGGUGAUGAGGAAGGUGGAGAAAAUGAGGAGGAAAAAGGGAAUGAAGGAGAGGGUGAGGAAAACAUAGAAAAUGAGGAGGCAGAAGGGGAAAUAGAUGGAGAAAAAGAAGGCGAGGUGGUGGAAGAGACUGAAAAUGAGGAGGUAGAACUGGAGGAAAAAGAGGAGGGAGAGGUGGAGGAGAACGUAGAGGAAGAGACAGAGGAAAAUGCUCAACAAGAGGACAGUGAGAGUGAGGAGAAAGUGGAGGAAGAGGAGGCAGAAAUGGAAGAUAAAGUUGAGGAAGAAGAGCGAGAAACAGAAGAGAACGUGGAAGAUGAAGAGGAGAAAGGUGAAGAGGAGGAGGCGCCAGCUGAUGAUGAUGAAGAAGAAGAAAGUUAGUUGGGUGUAAAAUCACAAAUUAACAGGGUCAGUGAGGAAAAGUAGAAGAAGAAAUUCUGAGAAUCUUCGGGCUUUGAAAGUUAGCAGCAUGACUGUUGACGAAGAGGAUAAAGAGACAAAGAUAAUGUGCUCUUUUCACCUCAUCAUGUGACCCUCUCAGUUGAUGCUCAGAUACCAACGUCUUAAACAAACUUCACAGCUCACAGACAAACAUUUAAGACCAACAGUAGAGCAGCGGACAUGAAAACAAAACCUCUCCAGAGCGUUCACCUUCCUGGGAACAAACCGUUACAGCGUCAACUGGUAGUGAUAGAAAGACUAGAGUCUUCAUCACCAAGUAUCUGUACAUCCAUCACUGCCGUAAGGGAUAAACUGGGGAUGAUAACUAAAAAGGGGGGGACCUGUUUUAUCAACCUUUUGUAGCUCCUAAAAAAACCUGAGUACAUGCAAAUAAUUGCGUGCCUGUUCUCCCAGUCUCAUGGAUUAUUACCCAUUGUCUCUGUAACAUCACACACACACAGUGAUCAUUAAACUAAAGAAACACUGUUUAAAGAAUGUCAACUUCCUCUGUUUGUCAGAAAAGAGAAAAAAAGAGAAAAAAACAUCUGGAAAGUAUAAGUCUGUCGUCUUAUAUUUACUACAAAAUCUUUCCACUUGUGAGCAGGAUGCUGAGUAUGUGCAUCAUUGGGCUCUGGUCUAGAACAGUUUAACCUCCUCACAUACUAACCUUAAAGCAACAAUGCUGGAUUUCUGAAUAAUACCAGGACCGUUUUCUCAAUGCAGAAACAUCCAUAGUCCAGCUCAAAAUGGCUGACUUAUUGUACGUGUCAAUAUCGGUUCAUGUUUUAAAAAAAAAAGGAAAAAAAAUAAACACCCAGUAUUCAUCCCGUCACGACAGUUUCACCUCUCCCAGACUGUGUGACUUUGAUUCCCAGGUGAAUUGUGCCAAACUGUCCCACGACCAGCAUUGAGCAAUUCAGCCUUCCUUUGAACAGGGAGGCUACUCCGUCCAUGAAGCAAUGAACUGUGAGACCAGGCUAACGGGUGUGAUGGUCUUCCACAAAUCCCAUUUUGUUUUUGUUUUUUUUGUUUUGUUUUGUUUUUGUAAAAAUGGUAUUUGGCACUUUAUCUAACACCCCUGUUACAUAUAUGUACAUAAUAAACAUGUAUUUUAAUCUGCUGAUGUCAUAUAAUAAAUAUGAUCAAUGAA